GGGUACUUGAUAGCAAGUGAGAUAUGAGAGAGGGAGGUCGGUAGAGGGAGUGCCGUGAUGUGCGGGGGGCGGCUCCUUAGUCAUUCCGACCUGUCUCACAGCUAUUCCGUCACUCGUCAACUGCAUCCAUCCAACUACGCCAACUACAUACAUAUACCUGUAGGUAUACUCCGAACACAUCUGUACAUACAUACAUAUGUACAUACAUAACCCAGCAAUGUGAUGCACACCGCAUCCAUUCCCUCCAUCCCCACUCUUAUAACCCCCCAUUCUUAUCCCUUCCCUUCCCUUUCCCUCGUCUCCUUCUCUGAAGGUUGAUAGCAUGCCUCUGUGGCUCACCCUCGCCUUGAUAUGACAGAGCGCCGCUUACCAGUCAAGCAACUGGUCAUCCUUUCAAUAUGUCGCUUCGCAGAGCCCAUCGCGCUCACCUCCGUCUUCCCCUACCUCCCCGAGAUGAUCGAGUCCUUCGGCGUCCCUAAAAAUGACAUCGCACGCUGGGCUGGCCUCACCUCCGCCACCUUCUCCAUUUGCCAGGCCUGCACGGGAAUCAUAUGGGGCGCCAUCAGCGACCGCAUCGGUCGCAAACCAACAAUCCUCAUCGGCCUCACAAAUACCAUGAUCACGAUGCUCCUGUGGGGUUUCUCCACGACCCUACCCAUGGCAAUGGUCGCGCGUGGCCUGCAAGGGUUCGGUAGCGGGAACGUGGGCAUCUUGCGCACCACCGUCGCGGAACUGUGUCCCUGGAAGGAAUUGCAACCUAGAGCUUUCAGUAUCAUGCCGCUUGUUUUCACGGUCGGGUCCAUCAUUGGUCCCUCGCUGGGAGGCGGGUUGUCGAACCCGAUGGGCGUCGAUCCGAAUGGCCCCCGUGGAACGUCGCUGUUGGAGAGGUAUCCCUAUUGCCUGCCGAAUAUCGUUGCUGCGUGUUUCUUUAUUACGGGAAUUAUUACUGGUUGGCUGUUUUUGAAGGAAACGCUCGAAUCAAAGAAGAAUGCGCCUGACUAUGGGCGCAUGGUAGGAGAUAAAUUGACUGCAUGGUUCCGAAAGACUUUCAGGAUUAGCAAAAGAGAGAAGAAGAUCCAUCAUCAUCACCACGAGCGUGAACCCCUGCUAGGUUCGAAAGACGUCGACGACGAAGAGACAGGAGCACCAGAUGCAGCCGCGAUCAAGCCUACGAGGUCCCUCAGCGCCCUCGAGAUUUUGACUCCCCAGACCCAGCUAAACUUGAUUGUCUACACGCUCCUCGCAUUCUUUUCACUUUCAUACGACCAACUUCUUCCGGUCUUCAUGCACCACCCACCGCAAUCAAUAGACGAUCCCGCCGUGAAGCUUCCCCUCAAAUUCUCCGGCGGCUUUGGCAUCGACUCGCGUCGCAUCGGUGCCAUCUUUACCGUCUUCUCCAUCGCUUGCACGCUGUUUCAAUUCCUCGCCUUCCCAGCCAUAACCCGGCACUUCGGUGUUCUUCCGUGCCUCCGCAUGUCUCUCUGUAUCUACCCCUUUGUCUUCUUCAUCACGCCCUUCGUCUCUCUUCUCCCCACGCAGUCCACCAAGGAACUGGGAAUUUGCGCCCUGAUGAUUGUUCGCGGCUUCGCAGGCACUUUCGCGUUCCCUUGCUCGACAAUUAUGAUCACGAAUUCGGCCCCUUCGCUGCGCGUCCUGGGCGUACUGAACGGGCUCGCGACCUCCGUUUCAGCGGUAGGCCGAGCUGCGGGACCAGCCACGGGCGGCAAUCUAUUCACCCUCGGUGCCAAAAUCGGUUACGUCAUCAUCCCCUUCUGGGCUCUCAGCGUGAUCGCGGCCGCGGCGUUUGUGCCGACAUUCUGGCUGGUCGAGGGUAAGGGGUUCGGUGACGAUCCUGACGAGGCGGAUGGAGAGGGGAGCGUUUUGAGUGCUAGUGCUUCGUCUGGGAGUUCUAUUAUCGUGAGUGGCGAGGAGGACGAUGAGGAUGAAGGAGACAUUAUCGACGAUAACGGAAGGCGGAAGCACGUGGACGCAAAGGCGAAGAGAAACGGCACUGCAGCGGAGGACGAGGAAGGCCAAUCCGAAUCCGAAUACGGCGAACCUACCAACCUACUUUCCCACACCUUAUCCUAUGGAUCAUCUGUCGCGUAUCACUCGUCCUCCGAAGACGAAGACAACCGCUAUCCUGGGGCAGGAGUAGCGACAAGAUACAAGAAGCGCCGCGCGUCAUCAAGCUCGCACACCAACGUGGGAGGAGAACGGAGCCGCUCGCGACGAAGGAGCACCGCCGUCAGGAGAAGGAGCAGUGUGCCUGUCGGCAUGGGCAUAGGGUUCCGCCGGCUGAGCUCGAAUCUCGGGUCCACUGGCUUCGGACCUGGGGGGUCGGCUGCGGAGACGUGAUCUGCUGAUGACUUGAUUGACCGAAGUAGAUUUGGUCAAAUGUGUUAUGGAAGUUGAUGUUAAGAUUGGGUAGAUAUGAGACGAGAUACUUGAAAAUACGGUACUGAUGGGUGCGAAGUGUUUGUUCAUGGGGUACUAAUACACAAAAAGGCGUUUAGGGUUAAACAAUACCAAAUACAAUGGAAGCGUUACAAUAUGAGAUAUCAU